AGACUUCCGCCUGGCGCCGGGGCCGAGGUCCGGCUGCGGGCCGCGUUGGAGGUGAAGUCUGGGCGCGCGUGGUGCGGACCGCAGCCCGGGCAAGAUGUCAGAAGGAAACGCCGCGGGCGAGCCCAGCGCUCCGGGAGGGCCGCGACCCCUCCUCUCGGGGGCCCGGGGGCUUAUCGGGCGGCGGCCGGCGCCUCCCCUCAGCCCGGGCCGCCUUCCCUCCAUCCGCUCCAGGGACCUCACCCUCGGGGGAGUCAAAAAGAAAACCUUCACCCCGAAUAUCAUCAGUCGGAAGAUCAAGGAGGAGCCCAAGGAAGAAGUAACCAUCAAGAAGGAGAAGCGUGAAAGAGAGAGAGACCGACAGCGAGAGGGGCAUGGCCGGGGCCGGGGGCGCCCAGAAGUGAUCCAGUCCCACUCUAUCUUUGAGCAGGGCCCAGCUGAAAUGAUGAAGAAAAAGGGGAACUGGGAUAAGACAGUGGAUGUGUCGGACAUGGGGCCCUCUCAUAUCAUCAACAUCAAAAAAGAGAAGAGGGAGACGGAUGAAGAAACAAAACAGAUCUUGCGCAUGCUGGAGAAGGAUGAUUUCAUUGAUGACCCUGGGCUGAGGAAUGAUACUCGAAACAUGCCUGUGCAGCUGCCCCUGGCUCACUCAGGGUGGCUUUUUAAGGAAGAGAAUGAAGAAGCAGAUGUUAAACCUUGGCUGGCUGGCCCCAAGGAAGAGGACAUGGAGGUGGAUGUGCCUGUUGUGAAAGUGAAAGAGGAGCCACGAGACGAGGAGGAGGAGGCCAAGAUGAAGGCUCCUCCCAGAGCAACCAGAAAGACCCCAGGCCUCCCAAAGGACAUAUCUGUGGCAGAGCUGCUCAGGGAGCUGAGCCUCACCCAGGAGGAAGAGCUACUGUUCCUCCAGCUGCCAGACACACUCCCUGGCCAGCCACCUACUCAGGACAUGAAGCCUAUCAAGACAGAGGUGCAGAGUGAGGAUGGACAGAUGGUGGUUAUAAAGCAGGAGAAAGACCGGGAAGCCAGGCUGGCAGAGAAUGCUUGUACCCUGGCUGACCUGACAGAGGGUCAGGUUGGCAAGUUGCUCAUCCGGAAGUCGGGAAAGGUACAGCUCCUUCUGGGCAAGGUGACUCUGGACGUGACAAUGGGGACUGCCUGCUCUUUCCUGCAGGAGCUGGUGUCUGUGGGCCUUGGAGACAGUAGGACGGGUGAGAUGACAGUCCUGGGACAUGUAAAGCACAAACUUGUAUGUUCCCCCGAUUUUGAAUCCCUCUUGGAUCACAAACACCGGUAAAAUGAGCAGAUGGAGGAUGAUGGUGACUGUGCCCACGGCUGCUGCCUGCUCCAGACGUUUUGUUCUCAAAUUUGAGCGACCCAGAAGGGGCCUGUUGAGCCCACCCACUCCAGCCUUUGGCAGCCAUUGUCCCAGUUAUCCCUACAGGGCCCACGUGGCUCCUCCCACAGCAGCUGUGAAUGGCACAUGACCUCCUCACGGCAUGGAUACUGCACGUCCUCGCUGCUGGGGGAGUUGUCCCUUCUAUUUAUUUUUAUAUUUAUGUCUUCUCUCUUCAACUGACUGCCUCCUCCCAGGUAGACAGAGGAGAGUCUGUGGACAAGUGCAGGCUCCUUCUCGUGGUGACCGUGCUGGUUCUCAGGGUAGGGGGUGUAUGGAUGGUCGCUGCUGCUUUUGCUCCCUCCUUCCUUCCGGGAUGCAGUGUCUGAGAGAGAGCAGGGGAUUGUUGAGUCCCAGCUCCGUCAGUUACUACCUGUGUGACCUUGGACAAACUGCCUAACCUUUCUGAGCCUCAUACUCCUCGUCUGACAAAAAUGAGGAUAGUACCUACCUCACAGGGUUGGUGUGAGGAUUAAGUGGAAUAUUGUAGAUGAAAUCUCCUUGCACAAGGCUAGACAUAGACAGUAGACGCUCAAUAAAUGUUAGUUUCCCUUC